UUGGGGUGAUUUCGGGGUGUUGCCGGCAGUUCCGCUCGGUGGACGAGACGACGCAGGCGAUGGCGUUCGACGGGAUCAUCUUCCAGGGGCAAUCGCUGAAAAUCCGCCGGCCCCACGACUACCAGCCCCUGCCGGGGAUGUCUGAGAACCCCUCGGUGUAUGUACCGGGUGUGGUGUCCACGGUGGUCCCGGACUCUGCGCACAAACUCUUCAUCGGGGGCCUCCCCAAUUACCUGAACGACGACCAGGUGAAGGAGCUGCUGACGUCCUUCGGGCCGCUCAAGGCCUUUAACCUGGUGAAGGACAGCGCCACCGGGCUCAGCAAGGGCUACGCCUUCUGCGAGUACGUGGACAUCAACGUCACCGACCAGGUACGGCCCCCGGACACGCCUGGGGACACCUGGGACA